AUUUUUGCGUGAUGUCAGGAAUGGGUCUCACGGCGAUAAAACGCCUUUUCUCGAGCUCUGCUUGCCGUUUUGCGAGCCGCCACACGAGUAACGUUAGAAGCAAUGAAAUAAGAAGAGUCUCGAUUGAAGGAAACAUCGCAGUGCUGCUUUAAAGUUUAGAUGUCAUGUGUGUGUCUUCUGAACUUCCCAAGCGGUCGGGAAGUCAACGUUUGCCAAGUUGCUGCAGACCGCAGGACAGGACUGGGAAGUGAUAGCAGAGCCCGUCAGCAAAUGGCAAAAAGUGGACCAAACGAUUCAGGUCAGUCUCACUAAACCAGCGGCAGACGAUAAACACACGGACGGGCGCGGCGGAGGGAUAUUUAACCCUCGCGAACGAAAUAGCGGACGUGUACGUCAAACUCCAGAAAGAACAAAAUAGAGCCUGAGUCACAAUAUGCUUAUUUAGAUAUACAAAAAUGCAUAUUUUUAAUUAAUUGUAACCGGUUUGUUCUUCAGCUAUCACGUGGGAGUGUGUCUCAGAUUUAGCUACGUACUGAAGCGUUCGUGUUAAACCAAGCACUCUGAAAUAUUUUGAUUCAAGCGCGCUAUCUUGAAGCGCUUCGAUGUUGUCUUUGCGGUGAAGUCUGUCCAGAUAGCUUCGUGUUAUAUCAGCAUGUUACGCGCACUAGUUCUUUCUGUGCAGCAGACAGGUGGAGCUCAGCAGUCGGCCAGUAACCUGCUGGAGAUGAUGUAUGACGAUCCGAAGCGCUGGUCCUACACCUUCCAGACGUUCUCCUGCAUGAGUCGCAUGCGCACACAGCUGCAGGCCUCGGGCUCACCUGUGCAGGUGUAUGAGCGCUCUGUCUACAGCGACAGGUACAUCUUUGCUUUGAAUAUGUUUGAGCUUGGCUGUAUAAACUGGACAGAGUGGGCCGUGUAUCAGGACUGGCACUCCUUUCUGGUUGAGCAGUUCGCUCAUCGAAUUCAACUGGAGGGCAUCAUAUAUCUCCGAGCGUCUCCGCAGACCUGCAUGCAGAGGUUAGGCAGACGAGGCCGAAUGGAGGAACAGGGAAUUCAGCUCGACUACCUCGAGAAACUCCACGAAAAACACGAAGACUGGCUCAUCAACAAGAGUACAAAGGUUCAUUUUGAGCACCUGGCAACGGUGCCGGUGUUGGUUCUGGAUGCUGAAGUCGAGUUUGAGAAGGACACUAAGGUUCAAAACCAUCUCUUAACAAAGGUGAAUGAUUUUUUCAGCAUAUUAUAAAUGACAUCACGGGACCGAAGCACAAGGAUUAUUUUGCGUGGACUGUUUCUUUAAGACAGUGAACAUCCACUAAGGAUCUUGGAAGUGUUUGACCAAGUGGCAGAUCUUAAUGUUCUUUGCGGCAGACUACGGUCGCCUCUAAUGCAGGUUUCUGAACAUUCACAGCGCAGAAGAAGUCUGUAUGUGGUUAGCAGUAGGGUACAGAAGUCCCACCGUGACCAACAACUCAACUUUAUAUAAACAGGAAGUCAUUUUGUUCGUCACUGCAGUGAACACUUUUUGCACUGUUCGGUAAUAAAAAUACUGUACUGUGUGUAUGUGUAUAUAUAUACUGCUU